GACCGAAUUGUGAUUCAACAAACAGCGAAGAUUCUUUCUUUAAUCAGCGUCGAGAAAAAGCUACGAUUGUAUCAUUUCAACAUUUUUUUCUUCUGUUUCUUCGUCGUUUAGUUUCCAAGGACGAGAAUCCGGUGAGGGAGAGAGAGAGAAUCGGCGACCUUUGAUUGGCUCUUAAUCUGUUUCGAUUUUCGCUUUUUACACCGAAAUUACCAAACUUGCUGUGUGAGUUUCAGAAGCAAUGAUUGGGUUAUUUAAAGUAAAGGAAAAGCAAAGAGAACAAGCUCAAAAUGCUAAUAGAGGAGGAGCUUCUGUGAAGAAGCAAUCUGCUGGCGAACUUCGUCUUCACAAAGAUAUUUCAGAGUUGAACCUUCCAAGCUCUUGUGCGAUCUCAUUUCCUAAUGGCAAAGAUGAUUUGAUGAAUUUUGAAGUGUCCAUUAAACCCGAUGAUGGAUACUACCACAAUGGUACAUUUGUUUUCACGUUCCAAGUGUCUCCUGUGUAUCCACAUGAAGCUCCAAAAGUGAAAUGCAAAACCAAGGUUUAUCAUCCCAAUAUCGACUUGGAAGGAAACGUUUGCCUGAACAUCCUGCGUGAAGACUGGAAACCGGUUCUUAACAUUAACACAGUUAUCUAUGGACUCUUCCAUCUUUUCACGGAACCCAAUUCCGAAGAUCCCUUGAACCACGAAGCAGCACAAGUUUUAAGGGAUAACCCGAAGCUGUUUGAGACCAAUGUCCGGAGGGCAAUGACUGGUGGAUAUGUCGGUCAGACCUUUUUCCCGCGCUGUAUCUAACAAAGAAGCUCUGGUUCGUCUUCUUUAAGCAAAAAAGAUAAGAACCGAACCCUUUAUCCGCCAAUUGUACUUGUUCGUCUUCUCAAGAAAACCUUGUUUGUUUGUUUGCUCUUGUAAAAUUACAUUAUGAAAAACCCUUUCCCUUAGAUCGAGAUCUUGUGAACUUUUUUAGUUCGUGAGAAUUCGACAAUGGAGACUGAAAGGAAUUGGAAACUCAAAAAUCUGGGUUGUAUAACAUGUUUGAUCUUUGUCAUUUCUUGGGUUUCCUUUAAAAA